AUGCUGUAUUUUCUCGUCUCGGUCGUCGAAUUUCAACUUAUAAUCAGCAUCAUUCCUUUGUGGCUACUGGCGCCCGGCAUCAUCGGCAUGCCAUGGCUCUGUUUUCAGAUCGCAGCAAUCUGGUGUCUCAUCCGUGCCAUGAACCGGGAGAGGAGAGUAUUCACCAGUGAAUACGAAGUCAAGUACGGUCGCAACACCGACUGGGAUUGUUGCUCAUGGAUAGUUGUUGGCGGGAUGGAAUGUUGUCAAGAGUUUUUCCGCAAGAAUACAUGCCCGAGACUGGGAAAACUGUUUGGCAACGAUGUGGAAGUAUUCCUGCCAUACCGACUCGGGUUACCACUGGACCUCGUGGUCUUAUAUGCUCAGAGGACUUGCCAAAUACCAACCCCUUUGUCCACGGAGUUGUACAAGUCGGUCCGCGCGCAUUGCUUGAAAUCUCAGGCAAAGCGAAUGAACAUCCUCGUUCACAAUACAGGUGCACUGGACAUGGCUUGGGUGAUGGCACGUCUCUGUUCCGACCUACCCCCAGGCCAAAUGCUGGGCAAAUUCCAUGUCUACACGUUCGGGUCUGCCGCAAGUGAGAUGGUAAUACCUCUCGGGGCUCAUAACGGCCACGAAGGCCAUACUUGCAACUGCGAGAACUUCCCUGAGCUUCCUCUUGUCAAUCACUUCGCUUUUGAAGACGACCCAUUCGCUCAGAUUGGUGUGCUUUGGGGAGUUCGACACCGAAUGGAGGGACGCCUGGUUGGCGCCGUCUAUGCAAUACAGCGACACACAGAGGUGGGCUGGAACCGCUGGCUUGGGCCGGGGGCUGGCUGCUCGAUGGAUGACUACCUCGAUGCGCUGUUUCCGGACGGCAACCCGAGAGCUGGCGUGUUGGGUCAGGUGUGCAGGAUUGAACGCGACGUGAGCGAGAUGCGAGAGAUGGCUGCGCUAGCCCGCGCGUUCCACCACCAUGGUUCUACAAGUCGGAGACAGAGCUGGACAAUCUUGGGUCUCAUGGCAGACAGCCCAUCCAACUCCCGCAACUUCAACCAUGAGAUGGCAGGAAUCGUUUCUCUCGAGGAGACGCGGCGUGCGGCCAAGGCAGCCGAGGGCAUGCUGGGGUAUGAGAGGAACACUCUAGCCGGCUAUGUGAUUGGCAAGCAUCGAUUGACUCGGGAUGAGGUGCAAGGCGAGAGAAGAAGCCUCCCGGGCAGCAUAUCUCCCCGUUCGAUCGCAUAG